AUGGAUAAAAAACCAAUUGUGGAGCUUGUGGACGUAUUGAAAUCUAAAAAUAAACGGACCGAUUUAAUUGACGACUUUGGCGAGAAACGUGGACAAGAUUGCGCGCGAUCUGGGGAAAGAACGGCACUGCCUGCGGAUACCACCAAUCCGGAGGCGGCCGUCCUAUCCGACGACGAUAUCAGCAGCUGCUCAAGUGCAGCUGACGAGCCCCGCAAGGGGAAAGGGACGGGUGGGUCAUCCAUGGACCCGAAAUCGCCGGUGCUUAGCGGCAAGCACCGGUGGUCGAAGGAAAAGGUGCCUCCCAAAACAUACAGGGCCAUGACUGGGGGCAGCUCGGAGAGCAUGGCGAGAGGCCUGCGAGGGCCCAUGGUAGGGGCAGCUGUGCCCAUCUCGGAAACGGAAUCCGACUGCUCGGGGAUGGAUACAGCUGUCUCCUACUCAGACGGAGAUCUGGCCGCUGGCGACAAGCGGCGCAAAAAACGGAGAGCCCCGGAGGCGGGGAGCGGUGAUGAGUCAGGAGCAGGCUCAUCCAUCGCUGCGGCUACUCCGAACCGUGCGGCCAAGCGCGGCAGGGGAAGGCCGCCCACCACUGGGCAUUACGUUGGUCUGGCCAAGGCGAAGGAGGCCUUGGUCAGUGCCCAAAGAGCGGAGCUCGAACUCCUGGACGAAUCGGAGGUCCUCGAGUCGACCAGGGAGCUUGCGGCAGUGCCUGCGGACUGCCUUGAGGGGAGGGUGGAGAGCAGCGUCAAGGUCAUCCUUGACGUUGCUCGCAAAUCCAAGAACCUCAAGGGCACGUUCGUGAACGCCCUGAAGAAAGCCGCCACGCAGAUAGAACAGGCUGUGGCGGCUUUAACGGAGAGGACCUCCGAUGAGGAAGUCCGGGUUCUGCGUUCUGAGAACGCAGAACUGCGGAGAAGGGUGGAGAGCCUCAGCGGGGAGAUGAUCAAACUCCGCGAGGACCUUGCGCGUCUCUCCGCUGAGAACUCCCGCGCCAAGGCGCCUGCACCCCAGGAGGAGGGAAGGAGUGAGGCGGACCAGCGGUCAGCCAUACUGUCUGACAUCGAUCGUAUGAUCGACAUCAAGCUGGCCAGGCUAGAAAACCGCCUCCUCCCACCGUCGGCGUUCCGUCCGCCGCUGCAAGCGGACCUGAAGAAGCCUGCUCCGCAGGCAAAGGGAGCUCAGCCACAGGCUACAAAGGCAGCCAAACUCCCACCUGCCAAAGCGCCUGCCGCCAAGGCAGCCAGAAAGGCUGCCCCAGCAGCAGACCCUCCCACCCCAGCGCCCACACGUGGUGAAGCGACCCCCUUGCAGGGAUCGCAGCCACCUGCGGAGACGUGGAGCGACGUGGUGCGGAAAGGCAAGAAGGGGAAAAAGAAGGCGCGCAAAGCCGAUGCCACUCCCACAGCCCAGACUACGCCCAGCAAGCCUCCGGCGAGCCAUGUAGACACUACAAGGCCGCGCGGAAAGGCAAAGCCUAAAAAGGCGAGAGGCAGUGAAGAGGCAAAGGCUCUGCGCCCCCCUAGGUCGGCUGUGGUCACCCUGACCUUGCGUCCGGAGACAAUCGCCGAGGGAGUGACGUAUGCCCAGGUGCUCACCAGGGCGAAGAUGGGAGUGAACCUCAGACAGCUGGGAAUAGACGGCCUGCGCUUCCGUCUGGCUGCCACCGGGGCUCGAGUGCUCGAGAUCCCCGGAAAGGAGAGCGCGGACAAGGCCGAACUCCUUGCAGCGAAGCUGAAAGAGGUCCUCCCAGAAACCGUCAAGGUGGCUUGCCCGGUGAGAUGUACCGACGUGGUUGUCUCCGGGCUUGACGACUCGGCGACUGCGGAGAGCAUCACGGCUGCCGUGGCCGAGGUCGGGAAAUGCUCUCCGGAGCAUGUAAAGGUCGGCCCUAUCCGGGUUGGAGUGUUUGGCGUGGGCAGCGCGCUAGUCGAGUGCCCUAUCGGGGCUGCCAAAACGGUGCUGGAACGCGGGCGACUCCUGAUCGGCUGGAGUUCAGCUCGGGUGCGUGCACUGGGGCCUAGGCCAAUGAAGUGCUUCAAGUGCUUCGAGAUUGGGCAUACUGGGCUCCAGUGCAACUCGAAGGUCGACCGAAGCCGGAACUGCUUCCGGUGCGGGCAGGAAGGUCACAUGGCGUCGUCAUGUACCGGCGACCUCCACUGCCCCGUUUGCAAGGCUGCAGGGAAACCUGCAAACCAUGCAACCGGGGGUCGGAAGUGCGCACGGCCGAAGAAGGGCAGAAAAGGGACUGCCAAGAUUCCAGUCCCUGGCCAAGCACCGAGGCAGCCAUCGCAGGAAGCGAUGACGACCGGCCCGUAA